AUGGAUGGGAAGAUUCAUGUUACCGCCAACCCACAGCUCACUUUGAAGGACAACAAGUCCAGGCCUCCUAAACUUUCAACGGCGGGUUUCGAUUCAGUCGGGAAAGGCACGGUGAUCAUUGGUGGAGGCUCAGGCGCGUUCCAGGCUGUCGAAAGUCUGCGAGAGCAUGGAUACAAAUUUCCCAUAACAAUUAUUUCGAAGGAGCCUCACACACCUAUCGACCGAACUAAGCUUAGUAAAAGCUUGAUGACAGAUGCUUCCAAAUUGGAGUGGAAGACAUCCGCAGACCUCAAAAUCAAGUAUGGCGUCAAUCUGCGAAUCGGUGUGGAAGUAACUUCGGUCGAUUUACAGAAUAAGAAAGUCGUCCUUGACAAUGGUAAAGAUUAUGUUGCGUACGAGAAACUGGUCAUCGCCUCCGGUGGUACACCCAGGAGGUUGCCUAUUCCAGGAUCUGACUUUGAGAACGUCUAUACAUUCCGAGGCGUCCAAGACUCUCAGCGCGUCGAUGCUGCUGCACAGGAAGGAAAGAGGGUUGUGAUCAUCGGCAGCUCCUUCAUUGGUAUGGAGAUUGCGGUUGCCAUCGCAAAACGAAAGCUGGCGUCCAUCGACAUUGUUGGGAUGGAAGAGUAUCCUUUUGAGACAAUACUAGGGAAGGAAGUGGGUGCUGGCAUUCAAAAGUUCCAUGAAUCGCAAGGCGUCAAGUUCCACAUGAAGACGAAGAUUGACAAGAUCGUCCCACAAGAAGAUAAUCCAUCUCUUGCUGGCGGCGUCGUGGUCAAUGGAGAGACAAUCCCAGCUGAUUUUGUGAUCAUGGGUACGGGUGUCGCGCCAGCCACUGAAUUCCUUAAAGGCAGUGGAAUAGAACUGGAGAAAGACGGGGCUAUCCAAGUAGACGAAUAUCUUCGGGUGGUCAAACUUCCUCAAGAAAUCAAGGGUGUCUUCGCCAUCGGUGACGUGGCACUGUUCCCACAGAAUGAGGAGAAUGUCCGGAUUGAACACUGGAAUGUUGCUGGGAAUCACGGAAGAGCCAUCGGUAAAACGAUCGCUCGCAGCCCUCAACCUUUUGUCAAGACCCCUGUUUUCUGGAGUGCCCAGGGGCAAGCAUUGCGGUACUGUGGAUAUAGUGUAGGCUAUGACGAUGUCGUUAUCAAAGGAGAUCCAGGUGACCUGAAGUUCAUUGCAUAUUAUGUGAACAAAGGAAAAAUCGUGGCCGUUGCAAGCAUGCAAAAUGAUCCAGUGGUCAGCAAAGCGUCGGAAUUACUCAGAUUGGGGCUGAUGCCCUCACCAGAAGACGUCAAGGGCGGCAAGGAUCUCUUGACGGUCGACAUUUCAACUGCCAGUGCUUUACCCAAAGUGGCUUGA